GACCUUUCCGCUGGUGUGGUGUUGGACAUGGGUCUGGGCUGUCAAGAAAAUAACAUCAUCAUCCAGAGUAUUUUGAAAAGGAAGAAGACUUACUUCUGCAGAAGGGUUUGUGUGUGGCUCUCCCAAAUUAAGCAGUCAGCCACACCCAGUGUGUGGGGGGGUCCCACUUUGCUUUCAUUUCUAAGGCAAAGAAAGAUCCCAUGUCUCAUUCUGAAUAGUCAGAGCUCAUCCUCACCCUCUUCUGCUGCUGGGUAACUUAAAGGGAGAGUUAUUAGCAAAGUGCACCCUCUGAUCUUAGAGAAGUGCAGACUCGGGAGUCUCCUGUUGAAUGCCUCUUUGCAGAUUUCUCUGAAGAUGGAAUGUCCGGAGUCCCAUUUAACCCUUGACAGAGAGGACCAUUUGCAUUUCCCUUAGGGGGACUAGGGCAGUUUGACCAAAGCGAUACCGGGUGCCCCACUGCUCUCCAGCAUGUGUAGUGAGGACACACCCAGGGCUGAGGUGAGCCACACUGUGCACCUGGGACCUAACACCAUGUAGACUUCAUGCAGGUGUGAACAGUCACCGUUUGUUUCCAGGCUCCCGAGUACCUCGGCUCAUUGAACUGUUAGGCUUUUGGACCACAGCAGAGCAGACAGCGCAGAUGUUCAUUGAGGGAGUCCUGACCGCAGUGGAGCAGACAGCGCAGAGUAUGGCGUCUGUGAAAACCUGCGGAAGCUGGAGAUUACAGGCGUGUCUUGCCGGGACGUCUAUGCAAAGCGUAUAAAUCCUCGGGUGAAGUCAGGACGCUUCAUGAAAAUCCUCCCCGAUUACGAGCACAUGGAGUACAGAGAUGUGUACACCUGCCUGCUUCACCGAUACAGACACAUUUUGGGGUUGUGGCAGCCAGACAUCGGGCCGUAUGGAGGACUCCUGAACGUGGUGGUGGAUGGCCUGUUCAUCAUCGGCUGGAUGUACCUGCCUCCUCAUGACCCCCACGUUGGUGACCCCAUGCGAUUCAAGCCACUGUUUAGAAUUCACCUGAUGGAGAGGAAGUCAGCCACGGUGGAGUGUAUGUACGGCCACAAAGGGCCCCACAACGGCCACAUCCAGAUCGUGAAGAGAGAUGAGUUCUCCACCAAGUGCAACCAGACAGACCACCACAGGAUGUCCGGUGGGAGGCAGGAGGAGUUUCGGACGUGGCUGAGGGAGGAGUGGGGCCGCACGCUGGAAGACAUCUUCCAUGAGCACAUGCAGGAGCUGAUUCUGAUGAAGUUCAUCUACACCAGUCAGUAUGACAACUGCCUGACCUACCGCCGGAUCUACCUCCCACCCAGCCAUCCCGAUGACCUCAUCAAGCCAGGCCUCUUUAAGGGCACCUAUGGCAGCCAUGGCCUGGAAAUUGUAAUGCUCAGCUUCCACGGGUCACGUGCCAGGGGCACCAAGAUCACGGGCGACCCCAACAUCCCUGCGGGGCAGCAGACUGUGGAGAUUGACCUACAUCGCCGCAUCCAGCUGCCGGAUGUGGAGAACCUCCGUAACUUCAACGAGCUCUCCAGGAUUGUCCUGGAGGUCCGAGAGCAGGUGCGGCAGGAGCAGCAGGAGGCUGGCGAGGACCCUGCCCCACCCCGGGAGCCUUCAGCCAAGGGCCCCGAUGGGCCACAUGCUGGUGACAGCAGAGAACCCGGCAGUGGAGCUGAGGCAGCCGAGCAGUCGGCCUCAUCUGGACAAGGGCAGCCAUUUGUGUUGCCCGUGGGCGUCAGCUCGAGGAAUGAGGACUAUCCCCGCACUUGCCGGCUCUGUUUCUACGGCACAGGCCUCAUUGCUGGCCAUGGCUUUACCAGUCCUGAGCGCACUCCUGGUGUCUUUGUCCUGUUUGAUGAGGACCGCUUUGGGUUUCUCUGGCUGGAACUGAAGUCCUUCAGCUUGUACAGCCGAGUCCAGGCCACCUUCCAGAAUGCCGAUGCACCGUCGCCACAGGCCUUUGACGAGAUGCUCAGGAACAUCCAGUCUCUCACCUCCUGACCUCCACGUGGGCAGAGAGGCUGCCCUGGGGCCCGGGGUGGGGGAAGCAUGCACUUGGGAAAUGAACGCACACCUCCUCACUAGGGUCCUGGUUGCCCCGAGACACUUCUUGUAUAGUGUGUAACAUACUCUUGUAUAUUUGAUUUGUCGGUAGCUAUGAAGGAGAGCAUUAAGUAUGGUGGGAAAGAUAGUGGAGCCUGCGUGAAUCUGACAAGCUACUGGCUGUGGCACAGAGAAUCAAAUGGAUGCCUACAGGUUCUCUUAGAGAAAGUGAAUGAGGAAGGCUGGAGUCGGGAGAUGCCAGCCAGAGAGGGCUAUGACACAGCCUCCAUGGAUCAUGGGAGGGCGCUGUGCUGCACCCAUUCCCUUGAAUGACCUAAACAGUUGCAGCUGAGAGGCAGCCUCAGCGGAAUUGUUGGAGUAUCAGGCACAGGAACCCAGAUGGUUUCCAUUCCCUCACUAACUUGCUUAGACAAGGGCAUUCUCCCAUGACCUGUUUUCCUGUCCUGGUUGAUAGGAUCCACCAAGGAGUGUCACCGCAGUCUCCAUCCUGGCCCCUUGCUGUCCUUUGUGUCACACCCGCUCCAGUGUGAACUAAGCUGUCAGGCCAGCCGCUUGUCCCCAGCAGCCACGCACACUUCCCUGGUCCUCCACACAUACAGUGGAGAGCUGGCACUGCCUAUCUGCCAGUAGGGCCUGCCCUGGCUGGACGCCACGUCCCUGUUGUUUUCAUUUUUUGACUGUGCAGGUGCCUCUCACAGUGCUGAUGGCAUCAGCAGAGAUGCUUGUGACGGCCUUCAUCGGCCAAAGGGAGAGGACAGCUCCUUAGACAGUCAUACUUCUGCGGGGAGCGUUGCUAAUUGAGGACUCACCUGGUCAGAGACCCUGAGUGCUGGGACAUGCUGGCAUCUGUAUUUGGGAACCCUUUUUGAGGCCAACAUUAGUGUCUCCUAAAGGGCAGAGACCAGGAGCUCAGAGCAGCACUUCCAGUGUUGAGCAGACUUGUAGGCUGCCUCUUCCCCCUUGGCCGCUCAUCCCUGAGGGUUGCUGUAAGCCCUCAUACUCAGUGUUCAGAACUCAUCCUACUGGCGAGAGACCUUAGAAGGGUGCAGUCACACGAGGAUGGCCAUAUCUUCCCCUACAAUGGCAGGUCCUUCCUGCCAGAAGGGCCUGAAGACUUGGGGGGCAGUGUAGCAAACGACCCUUGUGAACUGGUUUUGGGAUGCUGGCUUUCUGUUGAGUGCAGUAACAACCUGCAGUGAGCUGCCGGGGCUGUGUCCUGACCCUUAGCAGCUUUUGCAGGAUUGAGUUCCAGCCUUUUGUUACUUCCUUUGUUAGUCAUGAGUGUUUCCGUUGUGUCAAAUGAGGCAGGCUCUGGACUGAGGACUGUGACUACGAAGCUGCAGGCACACUGGGGACAGUUGGACAGUUGGGCAUGCCAAUGGCUGCUCCUCUGGUUUACUGUGUUUGGAGAAAAUCAAGAAUACAUUUUACCCAGGCCCCGAGGCUUGCUGUGAGGGUGCUGUACCAGAAUUUUAUUGUGUCCUCAGCCACUUCCAGUUAAGGAGGGACAAUCACACAUAUUAGCCAGCUACACACUGGCUUUCCUAAACACAUGCCCCAUUUACUGCAGGCGAGUGUUGAUAUGGGCUAAGAUUACUGUAGGAUGUAGGUGAGACGGUACUGUCUAGUGUAGGGAACAGCCGGGCCCAGGUUCUCUACAGGCAGCAGAUACCUUUGUCUCUGGGCCUCCCAUAUGAGCACUGUUGGCUGGCCUUGUCAUUUUGCUGCUCAGGCUGUGUAGUUGGUGGAAGUCAGAGAGAAGGCCUCCUGUGGGUUUGCACACUUGGCCUGCUCUGCUGUGUGCAGUUGAGGCCAGGCACAACCUUAGGAAGUUUUUCUAGUAGGGACAGCUCUUUUGCAUGAGGAUGUUGCUGGUAUCUGUUUAGGACCUGAUGUGUUCGGCCCUGAUGCAGUGUCAGGACAUUGGCUGCCAUUUCUCAGAUGUCUAACAUCUGCAGUCUGGGAGUUCUAGACUCCUUGCUGUGGUCCUGACUCACCUUGUGUCCCUCUGGCAUCAGCUGCCUGGCUGUUUGGGGCAUGUGUUCAGACCCUGGGCCUCUCUGCUCUGGGCUGUCAGCUCUGCAGCAUCCCUGUACCUCCUCUUGGGUCCUCCCUGUCGCUGCAUGUCUACCAGUAGAGUGGGUGUUUGGCAGUGGCUUCUGGCCAGAUGCUGUGCCGGCCAGUCCUUCCUCACAUCAUGCAGUGAGCUCGGAGGCACUUGCUUGUUAGACUUCACCAACUUGGGAGCUGAGCACUGCUGUGGCUAGGCAGCCAGGGCUCCGCCCCAGCUGCUGGCUGUCUAUCCCAGCCCUCCAGCGGCUCUCUCUGGUUGCCAGGCUUGCUGGGAACAACACACCACUCAUCGUAUGUUCACUUUUUAGUACUUAUGGGCACUAGUGGAGAGAUCCACCCUCCCCGGCUGUCAGGACCCCUUCGUCCCUAUUUGGGGCUCCUUUCCUAGUGAUGCCAUCAUGCAGCUGACCUGUAAUUUGAUGCUGGCCAGCCCAUCUGGGUGUGCUGAGCCCCUUCUGCUCCCCACCUUUCUGUCCUGAUUGGGAAGAGUUCACCUCCUCAUCCUCAGGUCAUCCAUCAGCCAUUUGCUGUUAUAGACCAAGUCUGUGGUUCUGGGGAAGAGUGGGAUAGAUGUCUCCUCGGAGAAGCUGUAAACAGGAGGGCAUGGUUUAGAACUUGUGUAUGAGACCCUGGCAUCAUUCACAGCCCCUUGGCCUGUAUGGCCAACCUCCAAAGAGGGGCUUGGUGGUGGGCAGUGACACUGAAGGCACCUGCAGGACAGUGUCCUUGGCUGGAUCCUUUGUGUUUGCAUGGAGACCAACAAAACCGGCAUAAUGUGCUUUACUGACCCCAUUACUUGUGCUCACAAGCCUGUUUGGAAACUGUGGUUUGUCUGGAACGCCUCCAAGCUCCGGGCAGAGGGUGGCUCUUAAAAGCCUUCUCAGGUCAGCUUAGCUUGGCUUAAAGUCAGGGAAGGGCCCUAAAAAAGUAGCUGCUGUGUGCCUGGUGUCUGAUGUCACCUGUGACACACCUGUCACGCUCACCUAGGACGUGCGGUUGUUUCUCCUUUCAGUUUUCAGUAAACCUGUUUUUGAAGCCUU